AUGUGCCGCUGCUACGAAUUCCUUGACAUGAAAAGCAGAAGGUUUGCAGCUGUCAUCAAGAAGCUUGACGGCGAGCUUGCAGGAACGAGAACGGCCCCUGAUGAGAAAGGUCGAAACCUGCUCCUCGAAUACCACACUAUCGUAGAAGAAGUCGAUAGACUACCACCCCAAUACAAGACUGUCAUUCUUGACAUCUGUCAGAAAAUGGAGAACGGUAGGGUGGAUUACGCACAUAAAGUCGCAACCAAUGGCACUGUUUACCUCGAGACUAUUGCUGACUAUGACCUCUAUUGUCACUACGUCCCAGGCCUUGUAGGUGAGGAAGCGUCUUUUCUCUGCGAUCAACUUCAGCUAGCAACUCUAUGGGCCUUCUCCUUCAAAAGACCAAAAUUAUCCGUGAUUUACGUCGAGGAGAGACGCUUCUUUCGGCCUCGAGAAAUCUGGGCUAAAUAUGGCUUCAACGAGAUGAAUGACAUGUAUGAGAAGGGUUAUGUUGAGCAUGCCACGCGGACACAAAUCGGCAUGGUUCUCGAUGCUCUCCAGAGCAUGUCCGUGUUAUACACGGCCCCCUUCUCCAUGGCAAUGGCCACAUUGGCGCUUUGCUUCAUGAACCCAGAAAUGUUCCAGCGUAACAUCAAGAUGCGGAAAGCGGAUGCUGCUCAUCUUAUCAUGCGGUCAACAAAUGCAAGAGAAGUCACUUUAAUUUUCCGGGAGUAUGCACGGAAGGUUACCACAAGGCCAAACGGCAUGACCCAAACUUCAAAAUUUCAGUGA